AUGUCGAUACGUGAAUUCGACGAGACUCCAUCAGCAAAUGUUAGCAAACUUCGAAAAAGAAUGAAAAUGAAAUUGAAUAAAAUUCUGAAUCAGCAGGGGUUUCUCAAGACACUUUCUUUCCAACACAUGUCGAUAUCUUCUACUGCGUCAUUUUCUGUUUAUAGCCAAGUAUUAAGGAAGCCAGAACUUCCAUUUAGCUGA